UGCGCCCGGCGGCGCGGGGCGGGGUCGGCUCGGCAGCUCCGCCUCGUCCCGCCCGCCUGAGGGUCCCAGCAACUCCAGCCGCCGCUCCGGCCGUACCCGCAAAGUGCCCGCGCCGAGCGAGGAUGGCCGCGGUUUCCUCGGGGACGGCAUAGCAGCUAACCCCCGCCGGGCCCGGCGCUUCCUGCGCCGCCCUCAUCCCCGCUCAGACCUGCCAUGGCGCGGCCUGAGGCCGGUUAUGAGGCGGCGGUGCGCCCCCGCCCCGCCUGCACCUACACCAGCUGCUACUGCGAAGAAAAUGUUUGGAAGCUUUGUGACUACAUCAGGAGUCAGGAUCGGCACCCUUUAGAAGAAUUUUAUGCUGUUUUCAUAUCCAAUGAUAGGAGGAUGAUUCCACUCUGGAAGCAGAAAUCUGGACAUGGAGAUGAGCCUGUUGUCUGGGACUACCAUGUUAUUCUACUUCAUGUUACCAGUGGGGAGCAGAACUUCAUUUAUGAUCUUGACACAGUGUUGCCGUUUCCAUGUCCUUUUGAUGUGUACAGUGUGGAGGCCUUUAGGUUGGAUGACAGCCUUCGUCCAGAGUUUCACAGAAUGAUUCGAGCAGAUUUGUACUUGAAGACAUUUGCUUCAGACAGAUCUCAUAUGAAGGAUGCAGAUGGGAAAUGGCAGAAACCUCCUCCUCCAUACCCUUGCAUUGAAACUGCAGGUCUGCAGGUCCCUGCCAGCAGCCUGCUCCAGCAUGGGCUUCCCAUGGGGAUCACAGCCUCCUUUCAGGCAUCCAGCUGCUCCAGCCUGAGCCUCCUCCAUGGGCUGCAGGGGCACAGCUGUCUCACCAUGCUCUGGUGCCUUCAGCACCUCCUGCCCCUCGUUCUUCACUGACCUUGGUGUCUGCAGAGUUGUUCCUCCCACAUAUUCUUACUCCUCUCUGGCCACAAUUACUUCUGUGCAAUAGCUUUUUUUAAUUUCUUAAAGGAAGAGGUACUACAGCAAUCACUGAUGGGCUCAGCCUUUGCCAGAGGUGGGUCCAUCCCAGAGCUGGCUGGCACUGGCUCUGUUGGACAGGAGGAAGCUUCCCUCCCCGGCUACCAAAACAUUUUAGAAUUUAAUUGUGAAAUUUUGAUCAUGAACAAAUUAAGCAUUUUUCUUCUGCUGGUAACUCAAAGGGAAUAAAUCUUAAACAGUAUUUGUCCUAUUCACAGGGUUGCAAAAUAAAUCAUCAAAAAUAAGCUUACAUGGAGUCAUAAAUUCCGGUCUAUGCCUAAAAAAAUUGAAGCUGGCACAAGGUGAUUUUUUAAAAACAUUUUUCUAAAAGGGAAACAACUCCAACCAAUAAAACAACAACAAAAAAACCUCUCAGACUCCUCAGUAUCUCCUCAGAACUCACAUGCUAAGCAUUAGCCUCUUGGAACUGGCUCUGCUCUAGCUGUUUUUUAGAGUUAGGCCUCUGUGUUUUUUUACUGGCAUUGCUCUGGCCUCUGUUCUUCUCUGCUGCUAUGGAUGGCAGGAGAGGCUGGCCGACCUAACUGGCUACACAGUGCUUUCUCACCUUGCCCUGUCCUCAAAGCUGCUCUGCUGGAAUAAACAUAUGUGAGCUGCAACACAUUCCCCUGAUCCCACCUGGUUUCCAGUUACCUCCUGUUGAAAGAAAACAGGGUAUUUUGUUCAAAUAAUAAAAACUAAGAAAAUGAGAUUUGGUGAACAAAUUCAUUAUUCUAGAGCUGGUGAACCCAACCUUGGGUUUUCUUUUAAAUCUUCUUUCCACAAAGUAAUGAGGGCUGAUUCUGUUUAAGUGAUGACUUGGGAUGAGGUCAGCCCUCCUUACUGCAAGCCUGUGUAAAAUACAGCUUGUACAGUGCAUUUCAAAAUCACUCCGAACAGAUGGUCAUAUGGCUUAUGUACAAGUGUUAUUAGCAGCUCUAACACUGAAAAGCACUGCUUUGAAUUCCACUUCUCCCAGGGUGUUUGGUGCACACUUGCUGGAUUGAUUUGCAAAAGCUUUAUGUUCUUUUUAUUAUUAAUAAAAUACCUGGUAGUCAAUAAUGAUGGGGUUUUACUCGGGUUGUUUUUUUUUUUUUUAUUUUGAAGACUGUUUGUAGGACAGCUGAGAACUUCUGGAGACACUGUGUAUCAAACAUGUAUGUAACAGGAAAUGUGUUAGACAGAGGCCUGACAGAUGUCUGCAGUUGCUUUUUGUAUCUCCUCUCUUAAGCAGUGGCGGGAUCCUAGUGAAAGUGAAAAGGCACUGAUAAGGAUACAAGUAGCUACUAUGCACUUGGUGGGAGCUUUCUGCUGCUCUCAUUUGAGAAUAAAACUCCGGUCUUUCAAGUUAGGUCCUUAGUUCAUAAGCUUUUGUGGAAGUAAUGACUCAAGUCCAAUAGCUGCAAUAAAGACACAACUAAGAAGUAUUUAUAUUCCCAGUGGCUUGUUGAAAUUAUGCCACUUCCUGUAAUAGAUAAUUUGCAGUGGUGAGCUGUGUUUAGCAUUGAAAUCAAGCAGGAUUGUUUGCACAGUCAGUUAUAUUUUAGCUGUGGAGACAGCAGCCCCCCAUUUGAGAGUGGAAAGAGUUCUUCUGACUUAUCUCCCUGCUCAGACAAGGGAGGAUGGUCUGAAGAGAACUGUAAACACCUACACAAGUCUGAAGGGUCACAAC